GAAGGGAGAGACACACUACGUUCAGGAGCAGAAGGCAAGAAUUGCAUUAAGAUAGCAAAGCUGUGUGAAACAUCGCGAAAUCAUGAGCAAGGACAACAAGAAGAAGCUGCUGGCCCAGCGCCACGUCUCCUCGCGGAUGAACUACCUCUACCAGGCGUCCAACUUGAUGGCGGAAGGCCAUCGGGCCAAGCUAGCCGCCUACUACGGGAAGCUCUGCCGGAAUGUGGGCACCAAAGCCGUGAUGCACAUGGCCCCUGCCUUGAAGCGCUCCCUCUGCAAGCGCUGUUCCCUGCCCCUGCUGCCCGGCGUGAACACGGAGCUGCAGGUGUCCGAAGAGCCCAAGGAGGCGGCGGUGAGUCCUCCAACGCAGAAGCAGGCUCCUUCAAGCGGCGAAGCCAGGACCAGGAAAAAGCGCCACCGCAGGCAGCGCAAAAAGCCCAAAAGGAGCGGGAAAGACGGGGAUGCUGGGAACAACCGGAGGCCCCAGCCAGAAACCCACAACGAAAGCGAUCCAAUCUCUCUGUACUUGAAGUGCUCACUCUGCCACAGCCGGCGAAGCUUUCCGGCGGACAAUCAAAGAGAUUGCUGGCUGGAGCAGCCGCAAUCCGUGGUGCAAGUCGUGUCUCUCCCGGGAGAAAACGGCCAGCGAUAA